CAAAAAAGAUAUCGAUCAAAUUAAUGCAGCAUAUUCACACUGUAUUAGAAAACAAAAUACACAUCACAGACUUGUCAUUGUGUAAAUCAGUAACAUCAUUUGGAUCAUGUCACCAUUUGGCUAAACCAAUCGAAAUUUAUGUAAUAAUUUGCCACUAUGUUACCCAAUAUUCACAUCCCGUUAUUCACAUACGUAACAGAUCAGCAAAAAUGAUCGCGGCAACUUACAAUUGUGGCUGUCCAGCAAAACCCUCUUUCCUGAUUCCUGACUCAGUUAGAUUGCAAGCACUUUGUUCAUCUUGUUGCUUUCAACCACAUAACAACGCUCUACGAGAUUUGCCAGUAAGCGCUGCAGUGAUUUCUGCCUCGAAAGAAAGCAUGAGCAAGCAGUUUCCGAGGAGCAGAAGCGAAAAGAAGUUGAAAAACCUUGAGAUGUCUAACAAGGAGCAAGCCCCGACUAAGAAAGUCGUAUCUGAGAUUGUUAGAAAGGAACGGCCGUACAAGGAGAUCGAAGCUAUCAUCAAUGACAAUCGCGUCAUCAUCAGGAUGCAGAAAGAGCCGAUCAAAGAAGAAUACGAUCCCCCGUGCGAAUGUAUUGGUCAAGUAACUUCAAAAGAAUCAGCACUGAGCCAAAGAAAGUGCAACGACGGCUUCGUGUUCAAUAUGGCUCAUGGAAACUUAGAACUUGGUCGUACUCUUCGAGAAGAUACGCAGUCAACGGAGAAAACUUGCGAGGAGGCGGGAUGUCGCAUGGUUACCUUGUAUCCAAACAUAAAAGAUGAUGCCAGAAAUACCACUUGUAUAGAAGUUAAAAAGUCGAAGACGGUAAUCGAUCUCGAGGAAAAUCCGAAUAUAUUCUUAUUGAGAAUUAGAAAGCACAGUGAUUGUGGUGAUAAAAGACAGACAAUCGAUCUUGAAUUCCGGGCACCGCGUCCAUGGAAGAAGGAUCUUCUUAAGCCUGAGAUAGUAGAAGAACAUAUGGAUGCUGACAAGGAAUACAAAGAAGAAAUUGACAAACAACAUGAAGAUGAAUAUAACGAAUAUAUAGAUGGUGAAUAUGAUGACGAAACUGACGAAGAGAUGCUCACGAGGAAAAUAAAUUAAAAAUAUAAAUUUUGCAGUGAAAUAGCGAAGUAUAAAUUGUAAAUCUUUGGCUCUUAACUUGAUUUAAUACCUUCUAUCAUCUUAAAUCUAUAAUAAUUUUACACACACACACACACAAUAUAUACUAAUAUCUUUUCCAAUGAAAUAUUGUACAUUUGAAAUAAUAUAACAUAUAAAGUUUUCUUUGAUUUUAUUUUAUAAAUCAAAAAAUAAGAAACGUUACAAAAAGAGUAGUAUUGUAAAAUAAAUGUUAUAAAAUUAAGAAUUUUUAAAAUUAUGUCUUUCUUUUGUCAUAAUUUUAAUUAAAAGUAAAAAAUAAAAGUAUUCGAAACACGUACAUUGCACACUACGUAUCACAAUCUUGAAUUAAAUAAUCUUCAGUUUUUAUUAUACUUGUAAGAUGCAAAUAUAUAUAAUUAAAUUAUUUUUUAUCUCAAUUAAACUCAAGAAAAUUAAACUCAAGAAAAAAGCACAAUAAGGUCUACUGCAUUCUCACGAAAUUAAUCUUAGGCUAUCAACACGGUACGGAUAAUUAUUAACGCGUAACAAAUUGAAUUUCCGGAAUGUGUGAGAAUAAGAAUUCGGUAGCCAGCGCUUCUAUCUUCUAGAAUUCUUUGUGUGCGCUUAAUUUGUUUCGGAUCAGGUAUAUCGUUUUUGAAUGAAAAAGACAUAAUUCAGUUCAAAAUAACGCGACAGGUGCCAAAUGCUGCUCUUUUGGAAGUAAUUUGUUCGUUCUUAAACAUACAAUAUUAUAUAAUCUAAAAUGUUAAUAUAU